UUUGCUCCUCUCUCUCUCUGUCUCUCUCGCUCUCGAUCUCUCUCUCUCUCCCCAUUUGACAUAGAUUGAUUAAUUAUAAAGAACCUUUACUUGUCUCUCUAAUCCAACAAACCCUCUCUCUCUUUCUCUCUCUCUCGCCUAGGGUUUGGAGUAGAACUUCCAGUGGAGAGCGUACUACAAUUAUAGGGUUUUCGCUGUUCCACGCCACAAUAGAAGAAGCCAUCUCGAGAGUUUAUGAUCGUGGAAGCCCUCAAUUUCUGCGCCGGACCGAAAUUAGCUUCUCCCUGCUAACUUCACGAGCUGGUUGGAUCGUCCUUUCGGAGGCAGUUCGGUCUUCGAUUGCAUUUGGCUGCUCAGGGAGCAAACUUCAUUAUUCCUGACAAAGUGGGAGGCUUAUAGCCAUUUGAGACUUUACAGUGGCAAAUGUUGUAUGGUGGAUGUUGAAAGAUUGUUGCCAUGGAUUUAAAUGCCUCACCAGUACCUGAGGAAGAUGAAGACACCUUUGAACAGCAUAUAGAAGAAGACAGUGCGCCAGAAGAACGUAUAGAGUCUGCAGUUGCUAUAGCCCGCCGGGAGCGUGAUGAAAGACGUAAGCGAUUGAAAAGAGAACGCCCAGAUGACAGACCAAUGCACAUAUCUCAACCACCUGCAUAUGAUCAAUCAUUUCAAACCAGAAACUUCAAGGUUUAUGAUAAAAGCAGGCUUCCCCCUGGUUGGUUGGACUGCCCUGCAUUUGGUCAGGAAAUAUGUGGCAUGAUUCCUUCUAAGGUUCCACUUAGUGAAGCCUAUAAUGACGCUGUUGUUCCUGGUAAAAGAUACUCAUUUAAGCAAGUGAUCCAUCAGCAGAGAGUUUUAGGGAGAAAACUUGGCUUAGUGAUCGAUUUGACGAAUACUUCUCGUUACUAUCCAGCAUCAGAUUUGAAGAAAGAGGGUAUCAAGCAUGUUAAGAUUCAAUGCAAGGGAAGGGAUGCUGUUCCUGAUAAUGCAUCUGUAAAUAAUUUUGUCUAUGAGGUCUCACAAUUCCUCUUUCGUCAGAAACACUCAAAGAAGUUCAUUCUUGUCCAUUGUACGCAUGGGUGUAAUCGCACAGGAUACAUGAUAGUUAAUUAUAUUAUGCGCUCGCAUCCAACUUCUGUUACGCAGGCAGUAAAAAUGUUUGCUGAAGCACGCCCUCCGGGAAUCUACAAACCAGACUAUAUUGAUGCCUUGUAUACAUUUUAUCAUGAAAGAAAGCCUGAGAUGGUUGUUUGCCCACCAACUCCAGAGUGGAAAAGGUCUUCAGGUCUUGAUCUUAAUGGUGAAGCAUUGCCAGAUGAUGAUGAUGAUGGAGUUUCAGCUGCUCCUUUGCAGGAGAAUCAUGAACAAGAUGUAGUGAUGACCAAUGAUGAUGUACUAGGAGAUGAGAUACCUAGGGACCAGCAAGAUGCACUGAGGCACUUCUGCUAUCAAACACUUAAGUUGGGUGCUGGGGCAAGAGGAAACACGCAGUUUCCGGGGUCUCACCCAGUUUCUCUUAACAGGGACAAUUUGCAACUGUUAAGUCAGCGUUAUUAUUAUGCCACAUGGAAAGCCGAUGGAACACGAUAUAUGAUGCUAAUAACAAUAGAUGGAUGUUACUUGGUUGAUAGGAGUUUUAAUUUUCGGCGGGUCCAGAUGAGGUUUCCUUGCAGAAACACAAAUGAGGCUUUAGCUGAUAAGACUCAUCACUUUACAUUACUUGAUGGGGAGAUGAUAAUUGAUACUUUGCCGGACUCACAGAAGCAAGAGAGAAGAUACCUAAUCUAUGAUAUGAUGGCAAUUAAUUCCGUGUCUAUCAUAGAGGUUUGAUUUAAAACUUCUAUA